UGUCUCUCAUCCCUCCUAUAAAGGUUGUUUUCUUGUGCAACAAUUUCAUUUCGUAAGAUAUAUACAAAUUCACAAUUGUGGAGAAUGGGAGAGAUGGCUUCUCUUUGGAGUUAUGCAGAGCAUGGAGAAAUCGAUGAAUUGGGGCAGAAGCUGCUGUACACGAGCCUGGAACUGGAGAAGCUGAAAUCUGAAGCGAUGGAAGAAAUGCAGAAAAACAAAGAAUACGUGAAUCAACUGAUCCAGCUGUUGAAAUGCGCCAUCGAAGAGCGAGACGAAGCUAGGAGGCAGCUCGACAAAUUCCUCAGCGCCACCGCAAUCUCUUCCCCUUCUCUGCUGAAGCCGGCGGCCAAGGCGAAUUCGAGCAUAACCGAAUCCAACAGCUUCACCGACACGCACAACUAUCACUCUCCCGCCGCCGUUUCAUCGCCGGCGAUCGUCCAAGUAGAUCCCGUGGUGGAUCGGGGGUCGAUGAUCAUCGAUAACCUGUCGAGGGGGAGAGUGCUGCCGCGGAAGGGGAUGCUGCUGCAGGCGGUUCUCCAGGCAGAGCCGCUGCUGCAGACGCUGAUGGUGGCGGGGCCGCUGCCGCGGUGGCGCAACCCGCCGCAGAUGCAGCCGUUUCAGAUACCGCCGGUGGCUAUCAAACGGCAGCAGGCGGUGAGUGGUUUUGGUAAUUUGGAUUACGAGACCAAUGCUUCUUUGAUACCGUCUGCGGCCGUGAUUAGUAGCGGCGGCGGCGGCUGCUUCCGCUUCCCCAAACGCCAGAGGUUCUGUUGAAUUUAUUUAUAUAGUUGGACGGCACAAUUUUUUUGUACAAUUAGGUGAUGGAGGGCGCCUCGUGUAAAUGGAAUUAUAUGAUUAUUUUGGUUGAAAUUUAUGAAAUGCUAUGUGCUUUGUUUUA